AUGCUGUUCUGAGCCCAGCGCAGCAGUUUCCCUGCUUGCUGGAAAGGGGCGGUGCGGGCGGGAGGUGUCCCCUUCAUAGGGCGACUUCACAACCUUUCCGAGCACCUGGAGAGAGGGCAAAAGGCAGAAUUAACCCCCGGGAAAAGCAGAGGCGUUGGAGUCGUGUAAGCAUGAGGAGGGGCUGAGAUGUUUAAGCAGGUGGGUCAGGCUGCAGCAAGUAUUUAGGAACACCAAGGUGCCAGAGAGCAGUGACCCAUCUGUCGUCUCAUUGUUUGUUUGUUUAUUCAUCCUCCUCACGGCUUUCGCUCCCCCCUCCUCCCCCUUAAAUCUUAGGGACCAUUCACGCCUCUUACAAAUGAGACUUGGGCGAUGCUGAGAGAACAGCGUGUUGCAUGGCGUGUGCGUGUGUGCAUGCAGGCGCGGGGGUAAGAUCCUCGGUUCUCAGCGUUUGCCUGUGAUCAGAAGAAAACAGGAUGUGCCCUUAGCUGGAGGAGUGACAAUGCGAGUCGAGCAGGGCUCACCUGCUGGUGAUCUUUGCAGAGGCAUUUGAGGAUUAUUCAGCUCCAGAAGGUCUGUGUGAGGAAUGCUAUCUCUGUCGUGCUGAAAAUAGGAGGUGCCUACCCUUACCGGUCUUGAUUGCUGCCGCUGAAAGGACUGUUUGCCGCCACCGGAGGAAGAAGAGGUUGCUGCCACGGACAAGGUUAUGACGAUUAUGAUCACAUGUACAGCUCUGCACCGCUGUCCACGUGGAGAUGAUGGAGACACCUUAGAGAAUACAUGCAAACUCCUGAUUAACCAGCAUUCUACUCUGUUUAUCCAAAAGAAUUGAUAACUGCUUUUGACCAGCUCUCCAUUUUGUUCAAUCAUGUCUCUACCAGCCUAAACCAUUUCCUAAAAUGGUCCUUUUGCUGUUCCUUGCAAUCCUGUUAUUGAAGGAAGAUGUCUGUGGGAACUUCGGGCUUUUGGUUUCUGCACAGGCCAAUGAAAGAAGGGUGGUUGCACACAUGCCUGGUGAUAUUAUCAUUGGAGCUCUGUUCUCUGUCCACCACCAACCAACGGUUGACAAAGUUCAUGAGAGGAAAUGUGGAGAGGUAAGAGAGCAGUAUGGCAUUCAGAGAGUGGAGGCAAUGCUACAUACCCUAGACAGAAUUAAUUUGGACCCAACACUGUUACCAAAUAUAACACUAGGAUGUGAAAUAAGGGACUCUUGCUGGCAUUCUGCUGUGGCUCUGGAGCAAAGUAUUGAGUUUAUAAGGGACUCACUUAUUUCAUCUGAAGAAGAGGAAGGGAUGGUGCGAUGUGUAGAUGGAUCUUCAUCAUCUUUCCACUCCAAGAAACCCAUUGUUGGUGUCAUUGGCCCUGGCUCUAGCUCAGUUGCUAUCCAGGUCCAGAACUUGUUGCAGCUUUUCAAUAUACCUCAGAUUGCUUAUUCUGCCACAAGCAUGGACCUAAGUGACAAAACUCUGUUCAAGUAUUUUAUGAGAGUUGUACCAUCUGAUGCACAGCAAGCACGGGCUAUGGUGGACAUUGUCAAACGUUAUAACUGGACCUAUGUUUCCGCUGUACAUACUGAAGGAAACUACGGUGAAAGUGGAAUGGAAGCUUUCAAAGAUAUGGCGGCCAAGGAAGGGAUCUGCAUUGCACAUUCCUACAAGAUCUAUAGCAAUGCUGGUGAGCAGAGCUUUGACAAGUUACUCCGGAAGCUUCGGAGCCACCUGCCCAAGGCAAGAGUGGUUGCCUGUUUCUGUGAAGGCAUGACUGUGAGAGGGCUCUUAAUGGCUAUGAGGCGCCUGGGACUUGCUGGAGAAUUUUUGCUGCUGGGCAGUGAUGGUUGGGCAGACAGGUAUGAUGUGACAGAUGGGUAUCAGCGUGAGGCUGUCGGUGGAAUAACGAUCAAGCUCCAGUCUCCUGAUGUUAAAUGGUUUGAUGAUUACUACUUGGAGCUUCGGCCAGAAACCAAUCACCGAAAUCCAUGGUUUCAGGAAUUUUGGCAACACAGGUUCCAGUGCCGUCUGGAAGGGUUUCCUCAAGAGAAUCCUAAAUACAACAAGACUUGUACAAGCCAGAUGACGCUGAGGACACAGCACGUUCAGGACUCCAAGAUGGGCUUUGUAAUCAACGCAAUAUAUUCAAUGGCUUACGGCCUCCACAACAUGCAGUUGUCUCUGUGUCCAGGCUAUGUUGGCCUUUGUGAUGCCAUGAAACCCAUAGAUGGACGGAAGCUGCUGGAGUCCCUCAUGAAGACCAACUUUACUGGGGUCUCUGGGGACAUGAUCUUGUUUGAUGAGAAUGGUGACUCACCAGGAAGAUACGAAAUCAUGAAUUUUAAGAAAAUGGGGAAGGACUACUUUGACUAUAUCAAUGUUGGCAGCUGGGACAACGGUGAGCUGAAAAUGGAUGAUGAUGAAAUAUGGUCAGAGAAAAAUAAUAUCAUCAGAUCUGUGUGCAGUGAACCCUGUGAAAAAGGACAGAUAAAGGUGAUUCGUAAAGGAGAAGUGAGUUGCUGUUGGACAUGCACUCCUUGUAAGGAGAAUGAGUACGUCUUUGAUGAAUACACAUGCAAGGCCUGCCAGCUUGGCUCCUGGCCCAACGAUGAGCUUACAGGUUGUGACCUCAUCCCGGUCCAGUAUCUCAGAUGGGGUGAUCCUGAACCAAUUGCAGCGGUUGUUUUUGCGUGCCUGGGUCUGCUGGCAACCUUGUUUGUUACAGCUAUAUUCAUAAUGUACCGUGAUACUCCAGUGGUCAAAUCUUCCAGCCGAGAACUUUGCUACAUCAUUCUAGCUGGCAUCUGCUUGGGUUAUUUGUGCACCUUCUGUCUCAUCGCAAAACCUCAACAGAUUUACUGCUAUCUUCAACGAAUUGGCAUCGGUCUCUCCCCAGCUAUGAGUUAUUCUGCUCUAGUAACUAAAACCAACCGCAUUGCAAGAAUCCUGGCUGGAAGCAAGAAGAAAAUUUGUACAAAGAAACCCAGAUUCAUGAGUGCCUGUGCCCAACUUGUUAUUGCAUUUAUCUUGAUAUGUAUACAAUUAGGCAUAAUUGUUGCCCUCUUUAUAAUGGAGCCACCCGAUAUAAUGCAUGAUUACCCAAGCAUCCGAGAGGUCUACUUGAUUUGUAACACCACCAACUUGGGUGUUGUAACCCCCCUUGGAUACAAUGGAUUAUUAAUUUUGAGUUGCACCUUUUAUGCAUUUAAGACAAGAAAUGUCCCAGCUAAUUUCAAUGAAGCAAAGUAUAUUGCCUUUACAAUGUAUACCACCUGCAUCAUAUGGCUGGCUUUUGUGCCAAUAUAUUUUGGAAGCAACUACAAGAUAAUCACCAUGUGUUUCUCAGUGAGUCUGAGUGCCACGGUGGCCCUUGGUUGUAUGUUUGUGCCCAAGGUCUACAUCAUCCUUGCUAAGCCUGAAAGGAACGUACGCAGCGCAUUCACCACAUCGACUGUGGUCCGCAUGCAUGUAGGGGAUGGAAAGUCAUCUUCGGCUGCAAGCCGCUCAAGCAGCCUGGUGAACCUGUGGAAAAGAAGGGGAUCAUCUGGUGAAACACUUAGGUACAAAGGCAGGAGACUGGCCCCGCACAAGUCGGAAAUAGAGUGUUUCACCCCAAAAGGGAGUAUGGGGAAUGGUGGGAGAGCUACAAUGACCAGUGAAGAAUCUGUUUGCAUUCCAGAAUGUAAUCGAUCUGAGUCAAGUAGAGAUGAGAAAGAGGUUCCCGUUAAAGAGGAUGCCCUAACAGGCAAAAAGACUGGAAACUGUGUCAGUCUAAUAGUGCCACAGCAAGACUGUCAGCUGCAAGACCUACUCAAACACUCUAAUGGGAAAUCAGUUUCCUGGGCUCAGAAUGAGAAAAGCAGCAGAGGAGCACACCUUUGGCAGCGGUUGUCAGUCCACAUCAACAAAAAAGAGAACCCCAACCAAACUGCAGUGAUCAAGCCUUUUUCUAAAAGCACAGAUAGUAGCCGACAUAGUAGCAGCGCUACAUUUCCUGAGACCAGUGCCAAAACGCUUUAUGACGUUUCAGAAGCAGAAGAGCAAUACCCAGCUCAGUACCGACCACAGACUCCCUCACCUAUCAGCACCGUGAGCCACAGAACUGCCUCUGUUAGCCGAACAGAAGACGAUGCCCCCACCUUCCAGUCUGAGCCUCCACAGCGAAGUAGCUCCUCGCAAGGCUCCCUCAUGGAGCAGAUCAGUAGCGUGGUUACUCGCUUUACAGCCAACAUCAGUGAGCUGAACAAUAUGAUGCUUUCAACAGCCACUCCAGGGACAAUGGUGGCCACUCCUCUCUGCUCUUCAUACCUGAUCCCACGAGAAAUCCAGCUCCCCACAACAAUGACCACGUUUGCAGAGAUCCAGCCACUUCCUUCCAUUGAAGUCAAUGGCGCUUCCCAGUCAGCUAGGAAACAAUCAAAUGGCAGCAUCAAAGAAGGCACUGCAGAGACCCCAUCGGCAAAGCAAGACCUUGAGGAGCUGGUAGCUUUAACUCCUCCUUCUCCUUUUAGAGACUCCAUCGAUUCUGGAAGUGCAUCUCCCAGCUCUCCAGUUUCUGAAUCAGCACUCUGUAUCCCAUCUUCCCCAAAGUAUGACACACUGCUCAUCAGAGAUUACACUCAAAGUUCUUCUUCGCUGUGAAUGUAGUUCAAGACAACUUUGGAUCUCAACAACUACAAGCAAGUAGUGAGGGGACAGCCAAGCCUUCAAGAUCUCCAGUGUUUACGCAGAUAGGGUGAGAGGCGCUGGGUCAUCUUGUGAGAAACAGGAAGAAGUGGAGCUGUUUGAUAAGUGGAAACAUCAGAUUAAUGAUGCUGUUCUAAAGACAAAAUGAUGACUCUUGGCAGAUUAUCGUGGCCUUAAAAAAACAUGGGCUUUUCAAAAACGCUGAAUCUAUUUUUGAGGGCUUAUAAGGAGUCUGUUAAAUCAGUUACAUACCAAGUGCUUUGCUUUAGUAUUACAAUGAACCGUGUGUACAAUAUGUGAAGGGGGGGAAACAAGAUUGUAAACAACUGUACAAUGGUUUGUUUGUUUACUCUGAUUCCUUACCCGGAAGUGAACCUUGAUCUUUUAUCAAGAAUAGAAGACCAAACAUUGAAUGUACAUUUUCUAACAGACUCAAAUCUGGGACCAACCUAUCAAGUUUUCCUUUUUUUUUUUUUUUUCUAUGAAGAUCUCAGAAAGCAGUAAUGUAUGUUGAAUAACUAUCAAACUCUUUGCUGAAGCGUAUUGUGUCUGUGAUAUGUUACACAUGGAUAACACUAAGCUGAGGCUUUGCAGUGAGUGACUGCAAUACGGAGAGCUUUACAAGUGACUUCUCAACGUACAUAUUUGUUUAUGAAAUUCUCUUCUACCAGUAUACAAAAAAAAAAAAAAAAAAAAAAAAAUCAAUUUGUUAACAUUGGAUUCACCUUCACAGCAACAAAACCCAAGGAAGAUUUCCUGACUAUUUCACCGUGAUGCCAACUAAUAACGAAGUAGCAAAAAAUAUUUUCUGGAGUACUGUUUUGUAAUUCCCUUAUCAGGGCAAGUUGUUGAGGUGAAUAUUCUCUUUCUAGCAGCACUACCAAGCUAUAUCAUAGCUGCAUUCCCUACUGAAAUUAACACAUUUUUAUGGAUGUUCUUAUGCUAACGUUGCCAGUUAUAACACUUAUCCGGGCUCCCUUAGUCUUUGCUUGCAAGGAACAGGUAAACACUCUAAGGAUUUUCUCCAUGUUUUUGAAUGACAGUGUUCUAAGAGAUCAAUCUGUAUUAUGAUGAAUGCUAACUGUCAAUGAAAAGGUUGUCAUAAUCACAAUUCAUAUGUAGAGAAAAAAAAAAAAACUGUGUCAAAAUCUGCUUAGAGUUGGUUUAGCUACUCUUUAAUAAACAGCAACUUUAUUUAGCUGCUGAUGCCUUGCAGCUAUGAACUGUGACAAAGGAAAAAAAAACAAAAAACAAAAAACAAAAAAAAGACUUUCAAAGCAAUACAGAGUAAAGGUUAAAGCAGAGAAGGCCUAAUGAGAUAUGAGCGGACAGUCUUUGUUUCUUAGCAACUCACAGAAGAGGCAAGGGGAUUACUGGUAUUUUUUCCAAUAUCAAGUUAAUGCAGUUUAGUGCACUUCAUACUGUCAUGGCACUUUUGAAUAAAGGCAAGGAAGGGAUUCACAGUUUGAAUAGAAGUUAAAUAAUGUUUAAUAGGUGAGAUAUGUAGAACACGUAAUUCAGGGCCUAAGCGCACACUAUAUUGGCUCUCUCCUUUAUGACAGCUGUCCUUGGGUGCCAAACUUUUAUGGGUUAGUUUUAUUUUAUUUGAGGAUAGUAUGAAGUGAUGAUUGAUGUACUUCAGUUCAAAGCUGAGUCGAUACAGCCUUAUACAGAAGACAGCUUCAUGGAAAAGAGUCUUGAAAUCAAGCUUCUGUGCUUAAUUUUCAAAACAUUCUGAUUUUAUUUCUUCAAAAAUAAUUAACAUUUUAUAAUCAAAAUCCAUACCCCCUUUCUCUCCUCCAUGCCCCAAAUAACAAAUGUUUGAUUUUAAAAAGAAAGCACAUUGCGUGAUUCGCAUACUUUAGCAAAGAGCACUUUUUAUUUUUGAGAUUAUAUAUAAUAAUUUGAGGUUAAUUUCACCAUUAUGUGCUGCACUGCAGUUUGUUUAGAUAUAGAUAUGUUUACUCUUUAAAAAAAGAGUAAUAGAUGAGCAAAUCCAGGCUCACACCUCACAGAGAGGCCCUAAGUACCAUGUACAUCCUGUGCAAGUCGGUGUUAUCCAAUAUCCAGUGUAUGGGCAUGUUUAUUUUGCCAGGAGCAGUCACUUAUUAGCUAUGCCUGUAGCAUGAACAGGCAGGUUCUCAUCUCUAUUCCAGGAGCUACACCAAGCUAUGAUUGUAGGUCCUUCUUCCUUACAUGUAGUUCUUGCCUACUGUCACAACUGGCUAGCAGAGACUCAGUUCUAUGAAGCAGUAUGGUUUCCAGACAGGAGUUUGCUGUUACCUUCCUGGUUUGUAGUACUAGCAUGUCUCAUCCUUCACUAUCUGCACAUGUCUUUAGGAGAAAGCAUCUUCUUUCACAGGUUACAACCCACACUUCAGGAAAGGGCGUGUCCAAUCAGCCUAUGGCACAAAUAUUCUUACUUAGGGAGUUUAGACCACUUAAAUAUUGUUCUUGGAUGAUUUAUAUAAUAAUGUAUGUUUCCCAUCGGUGCAAUAUCGUUUUGAUAUAUGUGGAGUGUGAUGAGAUAAAUGUGAAUUUCAAAGGGAUUCUAUUACUAUACAUUCUCUUAUACUUUAACCUAUUGACCGACAUUGUUAUUAGAUCCUCCUCUAACAUAAACUUUCUUGAGUGCUUUCUUGAGCACUCUAGGUCCUCAUUUCUGUACUCAUGUUGGUUGAUGCGUAUUAAUGUAUACCUGCUAAAAUCUGUGAGCUUCAUUGCACUGUGAAAUAAUGAACAGUAGAAAUAUCUUAAAGUACAAUGAGUAAAAAGGAGUGAGAAAUAGAAACUGUCGAAGCAUGACUCAGAAAAACAUACCUCAUCUACUCCCAAGUUGCAGUUCUGCACAAUGCUGACCAUAGCUAUUGCUCAGAGAUUCUUGAAGACUUUUGUCUAUAUUGCCAAGAUGAUGUAUCCAUGCACUUGUGCAUGCAAACACACGGAUACACAAAACAAUUUAACAUCUGUGUUUGGAGGCUAAAACUCCAGUGUUAAACUAUCAAACACUUGCUUAUUUUCACUUUGGAAGGAGUCAUGCAUCUUUUGUGUGCAUCAGCCAGAAAAAAACUUUUAAUGACAAAAAAUACCCAGGGUGAGUCCUGCUGCAAUAGUACCUCUCAGUUAGGUCAGCAUUAUCAGGAUAUAAAGAAGACAGAGCACAAUUUAAUUGUGCAAGCUGGGAUGUGACAGUAUUACCUUACAAGGUUUUUGGGUGACGGAGAUAACUCUUCUGUAAUGACCACAGUUGUAAGGUGGGAGAUUUGCCAGACCAGAAAGUCCUGUGAAUGAAACCAGAGUGUUUGAUACGAGAAAGAAGAAUGUUAUGAGAUAUUAUAAGUUCAUUAAGCUGUUUAUAUGCUACUCUCCUUUAGGGACAUUAAAAUAUAACUGCAGAGUUUUUCAGCCAUAACAGCAAAUGUUACAAUCAUGAACAUCUUCCAGUACCAAGCAUCUUGAAAUUAUAUUUUGGUUUACUUCUGCUGCCAGAAAGGGAAAUCAAGAGGUUGCAUCUAUUGUCAUUCUUGACCACAAGGACCUCAGGAGAUCUUGUUUCUUUUGUGCCUGAGGCUAAUCCUGAAGAAUAAAGGUGUAAGCAUCUUUGGAAGCUCUGCUUUUGAAAUAAAGUGAAUCACUCUAGUAGGCUCGUUGUGAAGAAAUGUUAGCAAUACUGAAAAAGAACAAUAUUUUUCAAUUAGCUCUGAAGAAUAAUUACAUUAAUUUGGAAAUGUGCUUCCUUCUACUUCUAUCUGAACAUUUGGUGCCUAGACUCAUACAAAUACUUUAGAUCAGAGAUUCUUAGAUGUUGGUCUACAAAGCAUUUGCUGAUGUUUCAUGGGAGUCUGGUUGGUCACAAAGUGCUGUUUUCUUCUUUUGGUUCUCAGAUAUGAAAUUAAAUUAAAAGUUAAAUGAUAAUUUAAAAAAAUAACUGUUAAAACUUUUAAAACAAAAAAAAAAAUUGCUUGCUUGGAUUUUAUUCAGUUGCUGCAUUUGGAAAAGGAAAGAUUUAUGAUUAAAAAGAAAAAAGAAAAAAAAAAAAGUGGGAAAAUCUCCAGAAAAACUAAAUAGGAAGGACAGUCCGCAAUUGAGACUCUGGAUGGUAGUGGAGUUCACUUGGAAAUUUAUUAUUUAGAGAGAUCAAGGCCAGAAAAACAGCAUAACUGUGGGUGUAAAUUCUGUAGAGGAAAGUGUGCAGCUUUGCUGUUCUAUUUAAUAAAUCAUUUCUGAGUUGAGAGAAAGAAAACAUGAAAGAAAUAGACAGUAGAAGAAAAUGUUGGGUUCAAAGUCAGAGCUGACCCAGAACAGCACUUUGGUGUCUAAAGUUAGGAUUUCAGCAGAAUUUAACACCUCCUGUCAGAACUCAGUUCACUCAGGCAACCAACACUGUGUCUCUGCAGAUGAUCAGAGUUGAUGAUCAGAGUUGCCCUCAUCUUGACACAUCAAAAUAUCUUAGCAUACAACUCAAAUGGAAAUCCAGAAAACAGUAGCCUCUAAAUUUGAAUCCCUGUUUAUGAUAUAAGUAACUGCACAGAGAAUAAAUCAUCCUUUGUUUUGAGACUGUCAGUGCUCUUAUGCUGCUGUUUUUACAGUAGCCUUGUGGUUAGAGCACUUGAGCAGAAGGUGAGAGAUCAAACUUCAGACCGUACCACUGCCAGGUGGGACUGAACUCUCCCUGCUGUCAGGAAAGUGCUGUAAUGAUUGUAUAAUGGGGCACCUUCAUCUCACUAUGGUAAAUUCAGGUUAGAGAAGAACAUUUACAGAAUCACAGAAUCACAGAUUUGUAGGGGUUGGAAGGGACCUCUAGAUAUUAUCAAGUCCAACCCCCAAAGGGAUUCAGGAUUCAGGAGUCUCAGGGUACAAAAGGAAGCAUUACUCUGCACCUUUGUGGGAUGUUUGGUAUAGUUGUGAUGACCACUUAAAAUUAAAUACUUUUAAUAUCCUGCAAGCAGGGAUUGGGUGAAUAUUUCAGCAACAAAGAAGUGGAGCCAACAUUUCUUCUGAGCUACGUAUUGGCUCAAAAAAUCCUUAAAUACUUCACUGGAAAGUGCUUUAAUGAUAGGAGGGGAGGAUAUGCCCUUCCUUACCUCUGUGUCUGCAACCAUCUUGUCUUCCACCUGAAGUUCUGAGCUCCUCCAUGCAAGGGAAAUUCUGAAUCUUCCUCGGCAAUUGAAGGAAUUAAACCUGGUGUUCCUGUUUCUUCUCUGAAACUGCUAAUAUAUAUAUAUAUAAAUAAAAUAAAAUAAAAUAAAAAGAACUCAUUUGGUUUUCCUCCAGCCACCAUUUACAAGGGCAACCCACCUUUGAAACAAAAAACAUACCCUUCUGCAGAAAUGCAUUUCCCUACUGGCUUGAAUUUACUAAUUUCAGACAUCCAUUUCCUUCUCACACUGCUUUCCUGAGCACCAAGCUCUUCUUACUAACUUCACAACAAGCUUUCACUUGAACAAACAGCCAGAGCCAGAUACUAUACAAAAAAUCAGGUAUUAUACUGUUUAAGAGCAGAAGUCAUUUGCUGACACUUGCCCUUAACCUGUUGAGGUCAAUGGAAUCACUCUAGAUUUAUACCAGAAAAUCUAAGCUUGACCAUGGCCAGUUGUGUCUUGGCUAUUUGCUUCAGCAUAGAAUGAUAGACAGAUUUUUCUUCCCAUUUCCAUCUGAGUUAAGCAGCAGAUGUAUUUUGUUAGGCUCAUUCCCGUAGCAGCUUGCUAUGGCUGGGUGAAUAGUACCUUACCACUGUUCCUCUUUAUCAGUACUACUGUGGCAGGUAUCCCAGAGGGAAAAUUGUUCUUUGACUAAAUCUGUUGAGGGAUGUGAGAUAAUAUGUGUCCCCCUUCCCCAAUACCACCCCCAAAACCAAAAAAAAGACAAAAGAAAAUAGAAAAAUAAAAAAGAAAUAGAUCAUGGUUUUCCUAAGGCUCCAUGAGUCUCAUCAACUAAGUAAGUCAGUACUCUCCAUGAUCCAGAAAAUCAUUCAUCUGCUAGCCAUUUCAGUGUGCACUGCAAUUAUUAAAUAGUUCAGCUGAAUUAUCUGAAUUCACGUUCUUUGCUAUAGUUUGUUAUUACAACCUCUGUUUAAAUCUCUGCAAUUGCCACUUACAAAUUUAUACUGUGAAUAGAAAAAAAAGAAAAAAAGAAAAAAAAAGAAACAGCCCGGUGAAGCAUAAAGGUAAGUAAAAAAUUCAUCGAGGGGAUGAAUUGCUGUGUAUGGUUGGUUUUGUCUUAUCUCAGUAACGACAGUACAAACAAACAAUAAUCACUCUGAAACAAUAGUCACUCUGAUCUGCCAAAUGGGAACAAAUAUACUAUGUAUAUUACAUGUACUAAUAGGAUUAUAUGGCAGCUGCUGGUGGUAUUUGUAAUUAGAAAUCUAUAUAGAAUAUAGAUGUUUUAGAGAGACGGUGCCAAUUCUAAAAGAUUUGUGUGGGCUACAAGUGCUUGUAAUUAUUAUUAUUUUUUAAUUUGCUAAUAACUUAUGAACAACUGGUUUCAAACAUUCUGUGAGCGUUUUUCUUUUUUUAUGUUGUUGCUGCUUAUACUAUUAAAAAAAUAGAGAAUGUAAAGUUAUUAUUUUGAUGUGAACUGAAAAUGAUUUUUCAUAAAAUAUAACAUUUUUAUCAGCUUUGAUUUUGCUUUCUACCUGUACAAAUGUAAUUUAUUUUAGCAUUGAAAAAAUACAUUUGCCUGUUUCUCAAUUGUCUACAUCAUGUUAUAGUUGGUGUUUAUAUGUAGAGUCAGGUACUUUUUGAACAGUAUUAAAAAAAUCCUGUGAUAUGA